AGCAAGCUAACGCUAGUAACGAUGGUUAGGACACUUGUUAUCCUGUCAGCUAAUAUAGCUAAAGGAACCGGCUAAUAACCUGCUGCUCCACGGGCUGCAUCGUGUCGGUCAGCUAGCCCACUAUAUACUUUGUUUACUAGCUAAAGUCGGUAUCGGAUUUAGGCAGUAAUGGGUCGUAGCUACAUUGUCAAUGACAAACAGUUGUAGCUAAGGUUUGAGAUAACGUUGUAGGUUUUUAACUGGCUAACUCAAUCGUUGUGUUUCUCAGACCAGCGCAAGCUGCGCAACACUGCCUUUAACUUACUUUCUGGUUUUCACGUUACUAACGACGAGACGUGUCCUCAUGGUAGACCUACUAAUUAAUCCAACUAACUGUUAAUAGUCUUGAUUAUUAGCGUUUUGUGCUAGAUGGGACUUGGUAGUCGUUAUGAGAAUAUAGUUUUAUUAAUUUGAACUGACGCUGACGUUGAAGUUUGUAAGGCAAGAUUGACAAGUGAUAAAGUUUUAAAUCAGCUGGUGGUUGACAGCCCUGCUCUUGGCUGUUUGUGAGGAAAUGAGUUGAUUCUGUGGGGUGCCGAGUUUGAACAGUGGCUGCUGUCUCAGGUCCACCCUGUGCCGGUGAAGAAGCAGCUUGUCUUCUGGCAUGUGGAACUAGGCUAGCAAUGUAGCACCAUUUGCCACAAGGAGGAAGGCCCUGGAGGCCACAUCUGACUGCCAAAAGCAAGUGUGGAGGCAAAUGUCAUCAAUGAGUGGCAUAAAGAUGAUGUUGCCAUAGUGGGAAAGCUGGUCAGUCUGGCAGGUUGAGGUGUGGAGGGGACGCCACUAACCACGCCAGGAUUCUGACUAAUAUUUCCACUGCCCUCAGUAGAUCUCCUCAUCCUCUCCAUGUCUAUCCCUGGGUUGUAGCUACAAUUAUGGUGACGCUUAUCACGGAGCAGCUCCGUAAGCAGAGUUUGGAAGAGCCUUAUUACAAGGCUUUCUCAUUCAAUGUGAAUGUGUCAUUACCUGCAGUGGGCUCCAGUCCCACUGUCUCAUGGAGUGCGUGUAGAUCAACACAAGAGACCAGCUCAGCUCACCCAUCAUCCAAAGCUAACCCUCUGGAUGAUUCCUGUGGACCAGACUCCCUAUGGCUAUCUUCCCAUUCUGGAGAACCUGUCCAGAGACCGGAGGUUUCCUUCACAGAUAAGGCUUUCGAAAGCUCACCCCCACCACCUCCCCCAAAACGCCACUGCCGUUCCCUCUCUGUUCCAGAGGACCUGUCUCGGUGCCGCUCUACCUGGCAUCCUAGUGCAUCCAAAGUUUGGACCCCAGUCAAACGUGGCUGUCAAAGUGGAGGAGCAUCUAGUUCAGGCUCUGGAGCCAGCUCGUUGCCACUUUGUGGUCCCAGUUCCUCCUUCACCUCUUCAUCCCUACACUCAUCUUCUAGCCCUACCUUCUUCAGCUUAGCACUGUCCUCUGACUCCCCGCUACCAUGGAGCUUUCCAUGGGACCCCUGUGACAAACUGAAAGGCUCCUGUUCUGCCUCUUUUGCUACUCCUUCCUCCUGCUCCUCUUCACCAGCCCCCUUGGUUUCUCACUCAGUGCUGCAGCGUCGCUUCUCACUCUCUCCUGUGCUCAUCCAGGACCCCUCUGUGGUUCUUCUGCCCCCCCGGCCCUCCCCUGCUUCUGCAAUGGAACAUCCAGCCCUGUCUCCAUCUCCCACUUCAGCCUGCAGUACACCUUCCUCCUCUAGGCGCGACCUGCACCCGGCACUACCGCGAUGCCAUUCACAGCCCUGUGACAUGCGCAAACCUCGCUUGAAGAGGCGCCGUGAUGCAGAUGUUCUGCCCUGCCCCAGGCCAGGCCUUGACUUCAGCAAGAUGACACAGAUUGGUAAUCAUGAGAGCCUAGUGUGUGGUACAGGUGGCUGCAUAGUCCAAGUGUCUUCCCAGGCAGAGCAGCACUCAGCCUUCUCCCCUGCUGAAUUCCUGGGACGAGCCAGCAUUGGGCCACUAAGUGAAAGUGAAGAAGAGGAGGAGGAAGAAGACAAAAGAAAAAGGACUGUAAUAGAUGGAGGACAAAAGAUUGUUUUUGAAAGAGACUGCACAGAACUGGACUUGAACCUUAUAGAAGAGAACUGACCAACCCUUGGUGCUCCCAGUGUGACUACUGCAUUCAUAACCAUGUUAAGCACACCUGUAGGCUUUGUGCGCUCUUCUGGCAGAGUCCUUGGGAACCUGCUGCCCUCCUAAUGCACAUGUCCAGAGUUCAUAAUAAAGAACCAAGCAAUUAGAAGCUAAUAUCAAAUUACAAUGUUAUAGGGAAAAUGUGCAUGAGCAAAUAAGCUAGUUUUCAUGCACAGAGAAUUUUGGAUAAUAUUUCAUAUUGAUACAAGUCUUAAUUUGCGCUAAUCAUUAGUACACAUCUUGAUAACCUUACAUAUCGUCAUCAAAGAACACUAUAUACUGGAGUAAGCAGAAUGUGCUUAAUAUUUCCUCAUAAGUGAUUUGAAUACACAGGUUAAUAGUUUAAUGGGAUAGAGGUAAGCAAUCCUCAGUGCCACAUCCGAUGGUGGUGUAUUCUACUUUAGUAUUUGGGUCUCUGAAUUUGGAAAUGAAAUGACUGUGUAAUGUGACAUAUGGAGCUGUUGAAGGUGGACACAAUGACGCCAUGUGUAGGUCAGAAUAAUGUUUGAGUAGCCCAAACGAGAUAAUAAUACGUAUCUAUAUGUAAAUGCUCUCCUGUAUGUUAACAGGAUACAUUCCAGGAUUUCUCUGCAGUUCCUUAAAGGUACAAUGUGGAAUGUCAGAAAGUCCUUGUUAUGAUGCUGGUGGCCGUUACGUGAACUGCAGUCAGCAUCCUGUCGCUCACGCUCUGCAGGCGAGAGCAUCAGCCAGAACGGGGACGUGACGAACAAGACUGAACGCUGCUAUGGUGGAAAAUAAAUUACAAUCAUUUACUUAUUUUAAAUAACAUAACUAUCUAUAAUGUUAUCUAGCUUGCCGUUUGCAAAUUACUGUAUCGGGCAACGUUACGAAGCAACCAACGUCAGAUCCAUGCCGCGAAGCUAGAUUACAGGUAGCUGGAUAACUUUAGCUUAGGUUGCCUUGUGUCACUCUUGGCCAACUAAAGCAAUCAUUAUUUUUACGUCUUUUAUGCAUCUUUUUAGAGCAAAUGCGUUUUUUUUUUUUUUUCAUAAUACAUAAGUUGAUAUCAUGGACUGUGUUAGCCAGUGAAGUCAUUUGGAAAGCUAGCCAACUAACAUUUGCUAGCAAUAACGGUAAUAAUUUCCCAGAAAAACGAUCCUCAAUCCUUUUACACUGGAAUCAGUCCGCAGGCUGGCAUAGGCAACCAAGAAAGUCAGGGAAGGUCUAAUUUUUUACGUUGCGUUACAAUCCGAUGAAUGCAAAUUGCUUUACAUUUUAUAUAUUGCACCUUUAUAUCCCUCACAGACCCCUGUUCUGUCAUCGAUUUAGAUUUUGGUGUCACUCGACAUCAUCAAAGGGAAGCUCUUCUCGUCCACCUUUUUGUUCGUAUAUAUUUUUUCUUUUGGGAGUUUUCACAAUUGCUUGAACAUUAACACAACUUGUCAACAAUAAUACUGAUGAUACUGUAAACUGACCAUGCCUUAAGCUUAAAACACAGAGUUCUUGGUGCUCUGGUCUUCUUUUCACAGCCAGACAAUUUUUGCAGUCUCCAUUUAGCGCUGAUUCAGAUAUUUUUGAACAGGUGGCACAUGCACUAUAACAGUCGAUUGAAUAACUGAAUCGAUGCUGCAGCUGGACUCCAUAGGGCACAAUGUAAUGUACUGUACAGCGGUUUAGAGUGAGUACACACGUCGAGCCAAUUCUGAGUGUAUGUGACAAAGGCGGUAGUGACGCAGAUGAUUUGGUGGCCUUUCAGAAAUGAUUUUUCAUGUGUUUUCAGAUAGAAAUAUUCCUGUUGCACAAUUUAUGUACAAAUAAAAUUUAAUAGAGAAUGAUA